AUAGUCUGCCUAGUAUAGUCCAUUUAUUUAAUCCGGCUCUGCCUAUGGAUGCUGUGUCUGACAUCACAGGCUGCAUUAGCGUUAGCAGAGGGGUAGCUGCGUAAGUUAUGCAGCUAUCGCAAUAUCAUGCGCAAUAUCAAUCCUUGAGAGAGGUAGCAAACAAUUUGUCCGAAGUUUUUUCCAAAAUGUAAAGUAUCAUUGAAUAACAUCUGACACUUUUUUCAAGUCUAUCAUCUUUAGUGCAUUGUAAUAACUGCAAUGUAUCAACGCUUUAACCCAGAGAGCCGCUUAGGCCUCUGGGGAAACAACAAUGUGCCCUGUCCGCUAUGCUACUAACUCUUGUUAUAGGGAUUCCACCGAUUCUCUGGGAAACGUUGUCUGGGCUGCACGACCUACGACCUGACUCCACAACUGAGACCCUGUUGACCUCCUCCUUUCAACCUGUAAGUAUAAUGUACAAAGACUGAUCAACCUGACAUGAGACGCAGUAUAAGGCCAAUCUGAACAACUAUCCGCUACUUCCUUCCUUAAUGACUGUCCAGAACCGCAUGGCCCUUACUGUACGUUUAUUCCAAUUAACACUGCCCCCGACAGCCCUGUGACCAGCCCUGGCAGGACUCGAGCUGACCAAAUGGCAGGAGACUUGGGCAUGACCUCCAUGUUUGGCAAAUGGAAGGGGCUGAUUAUGUCCAUUAUGGUCUCCCUGGCUGUGUUCAUAGCUGUACUGGUCCCUUGGUAGGUUGUUGUUGCAUUCCCUGCAUCCGCACACUGACCAACAUGGUCAUUAUACUGCAAUGAUGAAAGAAGCUGACCAUGGUGAUCCUCCCCCCUACCAAAUGCCCCCUACGUUGACCAAACCAACAUUGACAUUGGAGACGAUAGCAGGGCGACCUGGACUACUUUGUGUGAGUACUUUUCUUUUAUACUCAGGGGAAAUCUUAUUAUCCUCAUCUUAUAUCUCAUCUAAAGGAGGAAAUUGGAUUUUUUUUUGCCCGCUCACAACAACACCAUACCAAAUAACAGUUCAUAAGGAAGUCCUACAGUGCAGCCGCUGGCAAGGAGGGAUCAAUCUGGGUGCAGCUUACUCGUGUUGACAUCGUGCCAACAGGCUGGCCACCAACAAGGGACUGCUAAGUCUUAACCAUGGCUCAUGUCCAUCUAUUGGUCCAUCUAUUGAACCAAUCACACUUACCUUACAAUAACACAUACCCGUAGACUACAAUAAACCUUAAUUCUCCUUAUCAGGUGCUCUUCUGAAAUUAUAUUACAUGUCAUUUUAGAGAAGUACAGCAGCAAGUAAUUUCACUUAGCGGAACCCACAGCUGUGUUUUGUAUUUUGCUCGUUGCCCGUUUGUUGCUUGCAGCAAUAAACCUUUUAACUAUAGCGAAGUUUCCUCUCCUAUCUCAAAAUACGAAACAACAGAACCUGCCUACGGCUAACGACUUUCGGUGAUUUUGGAUGUAAGUGUACGUUCGCCACUACACCGACUGUACCAAAAAUCCCCUGGAAAAGACAGCUAAGAAAUAGAAGAUGGCAUCAGGGGAGCAGACAGAGCCGAUGCGUGUGCUGGUGACAGGUGGAUCUGGGUUGAUUGGCAAAGCCAUUGAGCAUGUGGUGUUUAAGGAAGGUGGGAAACGUGAGGGAGAAGAAUGGUUCUUCAUCUCCUCAAUGGACGGAGAUCUAACGGAUGUUGAGCAGACCAGAGCUGUGUUCGAGAAGUAUCAUCCCACUCAUGUCAUCCACCUUGCUGCCAAAGUGGGAGGACUCUUCAUGCACUUGAAACAGAACCUGCAGUUUUUGAGAGAAAACAUAAAGAUCAAUGACAACGUCCUGCAUACUGCCCAUGAGACGGGUGUUAACAAAGUCGUGUCUUGCCUGUCCAGUUGUAUCUUUCCUGACAAAACUACAUAUCCCAUUGAUGAGACAAUGAUACACAAUGGGCCACCUCAUGAAUCAAAUUACGGAUAUUCGUAUGCCAAAAGGAUGAUUGAUAUUCAGAACAGGGCAUACUUUCAGCAGUAUAAGCGUUGUUACACAUCAGUCAUCCCAACCAAUGUGUUUGGUCCCUAUGACAACUUCAGUCCAGAAAAUGGCCACGUGCUCUCAGCACUCAUGUGCAAGACACACAAAGCCAAACAAGACGGAACCCAUGUGAAGGUGUGUGGCACUGGAAAUCCACGAAGACAGUUCACCUACUCUCUGGACUUAGGCCGUAUACUUGUCUGGGUCCUGAGAGAGUAUGACGAGGUGGAUCCUCUUAUCACUUCUGUUGGGUCAGAGAAGGAAGUUUCCCUCAAAGAGGCCGUGGACAUGAUCGCAAAGGCUUUGGACUUCAAGGGUGAAAUAGUCUAUGACACCACUAUGUCCGAUGGUCAGAUGAAGAAGACAGCAAGCAAUGACAAACUGAGACGCUACCUUCCUGACUUCACCUUCACACCGCUUGAUGAAGCCAUCAAGAUGACCUGUGACUGGUUUGUGGCCAAUUACGACAUUGCGAGAAAAUGAUGUGAUGAAGCACUGAGCUGAAAACACUGCAUGUUCUUGCUGGUGUUUUUCUUCCUCUAUGUUUUGAAGUGAACAUCUGCAUAUGAGCAAACAUACAAGAGUUAAUAAUUACUUAUGCUGUUGAUGCAAAUGUAUUCUUCUGAUUUACUGAUUGACA